AUGUCUGCGGCGGUUCAGCAGCCAAGUUCGAACCCGGGACCUCAGGUCCACCCGCCCCAUCUCGCGACUAGUUUCAUCGGGGCACCACCUGUCCACCCCCCGGGGUUCAUCGGGGCCCUUCCGCCGCUGCCCAAUGCUCCAGUACACGUACCCAGAUCUCCGGAUGUCGUGCUACCUCUUGGACCCUCUUUACCUGCGGGUCAUCACCGCGAACCAGACUUAGAUGCACCGCCUAAUCCAGAUGUUUUGCUUUCUCUUCUCGCUCGCAAUAAACAUCUCGAAGAACUUGAAGAUGAUAGACAAUGUCAUUUACCCAUCAAAAAAGAACCGUCGAUACCUAAAUGUGGAGGUUGUCAAGAAACUAUUCUGGAUAAAAUAAUUCUAAGGGUAUUAGAUAGAUGUUGGCAUGCCAAAUGUUUGACAUGUCGAGACUGUGGUACUAGACUGACGAAUAGUUGUUUUGAAAAAAACGGCCUUGUAUUUUGCAAAAAUGAUUUCUACAAACGGUUCGGGACGAAGUGUGCGGGCUGUGACGAGGGCCUGGCACCAUCCCAGGUCGUACGGAGGGCAUCGAAUUUUGUUUAUCACCUUACGUGUUUCUCCUGCGCAUUCUGCUCCCGACAGCUGGACACCGGGGAUGAGUAUUAUCUUAUGGACGAUAGAAAAAUUGUUUGCAAACCUGAUUACGAACAAGCUAAAGCUAAAGAAUUAGCUGAUGGCGGAAGUAUAGACGGUGACCAACCAAAUAAAAGGCCAAGAACAACAAUAACUGCGAAACAACUAGAAACAUUAAAACUAGCGUACAACAAUAGUCCAAAGCCAGCGCGACAUGUCAGAGAACAACUGUCCCAAGAUACCGGAUUAGAUAUGCGUGUUGUACAAGUUUGGUUUCAAAACAGGAGAGCUAAAGAGAAGAGACUGAAGAAAGACGCCGGUAGAACGAGAUGGUCCCAAUAUUUUCGUAAUAUAAAAAGCGGUCCUGGUGGGCACUCACCUCGCAACGACAAGCUGCUAGACAAAGACGAGCUCAAAGUCGAUUUGGAUUCAUCAUUUGGUCAUCACGAUCUAAGUAACGACAGUUACAGCACAGUAGUAAAUAUGGGUCUGGAUGGAGACGGAUCAAGUCCGAGCGGAGGUGGGGGAAAUGGAGGAGGUGGUCCACCACGUGGUUAUUUAGGUGCAACGACACCCCCUUACUUAACAACAUCCAGAUCACCGUCCUUGCCACCACAAUUUCCUUAUCCUCCGGAUGCUGGCUUAUCUGUCUACACAACUCUCGGUGGACCAGGUGGAAUGGUACCAGGACCAGCAUCAGAUCUAAGCAACGAAUCGAGUGGAGGCGGUGGAGGUGGAGGUGGAGGCGGUUACCCAGAUUUCCCGCCUUCACCUGACUCCUGGCUCGGUGAAGCUCCUCAGCAUCCUCACCAUCAUCCUCAUUACGCCACAUAACCCAUUAAAACAUAAUUAACUAAGUAAAUUUAUUUAAUUUAUUGACUAACAACAAAUUAAUAAUAAAUAAUUAAACAAUUAAUUAAUUAAAUGUGGAGAUGCGAACAGCCGGAUUUUAAUUGAUAACUUAUUUUAGCUGGCUAAAUCAAGAUUAACAAAAUACAAUCCUUCGCAUAUUUAUAUAAAUAUAUAAAUAUAUAUAUAUAUAAUAUUUAAUAGAUUUAUAUUUAUGUACAAGUUCCUCGUUUAAAUAUUAACGCGACGUAGA